AUUUCGCCAUUCAUUAAAUACGGAGACGUUCCAUAUUCAAUUUUAUACAAUCUAAGCUUUCGAAAGACAUUCGAUUUUCUUUUAAUUUUCGUACCAGAAACUCUGGCUAGUGUGAAGGAUCCAUAAAACAAGCUUAAUAAAUAAAUUAACUGGCCGUUUCCUCGAUCCCCACCUCAUAUUAUUUUUAUAUGCGGUGUCAAUUAACUUUCGAUGUUGGUAACAUUGCAAGUUUUACGUAUCCAACACGUGAGAUGUGUUCGAUUUCUUUGCGUAAACCGAUUUUUUGUUUCUAAAUUACGAUACAAAAGAAAACAUAUAAAUAGUAGACAGCGUUCUACCGCUACAUUUUAGCUUGUGAUAUCCUUGAGGGGGGACCUGUACAAAAUGCAGUGGUGUGUACUUUUUGUUUUGUUGUCACUCUUUAAUUACAAUGACGCAAAAGAUCAAGAACUGUACAAAGUCAGUGGUGCUGAUUUAAUUGAUCUUCUGAGAGGUUUUCCGACCGAACAAGAAGCCUUGGAGCUUGAAAGAAUAAAGGGAGAUAAAAUACAGGCACCAGAUGGGAUAUAUUUCCAACCUGAAGAUGAAGCAUUGUCAUUAGAAAGUGAAAAGAAGUAUUUAUAUGUGAAGAGCAAAAAUAAUAAUGAUCUCGAUAAGAAACUUGUAGAACCAGUUUCGCUUAAAGGACACAAAGCGUUGUGAAGAUGUUAUGAAAAUAAGGAGCCGCCAUAGACUGAGAGAUAUACCUAAAUAAAUGUAGUUUAUUACGAUGUUGUGACGAUGGUAAUCAUGACUUAAAUUAUUGUAUUUUGCAUUAGCAAUCUCUUAUGUGAUUGAGGAGAUAAGAUGAAGUUUUCAUUGUUAAGUCUGUCUAAUCCACCAUUUAAAUUAUUAAAGAUUUUGAAUAUCA